UCAAUUAUCCAUCAACGUUCAUACAAAAGACUCCUUAUAUAUCUCCUGGCCCAUUCUUGAGUGUUCUUAUAUAUAGAGAUCUAUUUCGUUAAUUGAAAAUUCGGUCAAUCAUUCUACUUCAUUAUGUUACCUCAAGCGCAGUCAGAACCCAAAGUCGUAACCCGUACAUAUAAACCUUUUUCGCCGGAAUUCUUUGGACAGGUUGAGGAGACUUCGGAUGAGGAAAGAACUACGCAUGAGGGGAAUUGUCAUUGUGGUGCCAUUGCUUUCACUGUAACACUCAAAUGGCCAUUUCCCAAAUACACCGUUAAUUCAUGUACUUGUUCGAUCUGUACUCGUAACGGAUAUUUAUUAGUUUAUCCCAUGAGACAAGAUGUUAAAUUCUUAGGUGAUUCGGAGGAAAAGAUGGGAUCUUAUAAAUGGGGUCAUAAAGUUGCAGAUCAUAGGUUCUGCAAAACUUGCGGGAGUAGUAUUAUGAUUGAUCUGCGUCGACCAGAGACGUUUGGGGAAACGGAUCCUAGAAAGGAUAUGGUGGGCAUCAAUGUACGAAACUUCAAAAACGUCGAUCUUGAUGCAAUGAGUUAUACUUAUUUCGAUGGGAAGAAUCUCAUCUAAUUUAGCAAUUCUCCUUAUCCUGAAACGCAACCUGGACUCAUGUUUUAGAGCAGCGUUCAAAGGGGCUCUGAAGAACAUCUCAAGGUGAGAUGCUUACUAUCUUAGAACUUCUCAAUUAAACCGUUGUGUUUAUUGCUGAUUCAUGCUUGAAAAAUGUUGUAAAAUUUACAGACUAGCAUCUAUAAAUUAUAUACAGAGGAAGGAUGCAUCCGUAAGGCGUAGCACCUACAUGUUGGUUCCUUAAACAUCAUGUAAAUAAUUCACAAAAAGGCGUGGAGAAAAGAAUUACCGCUUCAGUAUUUCACUCUGUACCUCAAUCAUAUAUCGAUAUGUUUAGAACAUUGUUGUCAUGCAUCAAAUCUAAAAGUAUGUCGAGUGUAUCGGCAAAUGUUAUGUGCUUUGGUUACCAACUGUCUGCG